AUGCAGCUGGCGGGAAUCAUGAACUUCGAUAAAGUCCCUGCACGCUGUCAGUGGAGGCAGUUGAGGCUCUCAGCCCUAGAAAUAAAAAUGAACGGCAUGAUCGCAGGAAGGCUUUUUUCCGUGCAUUUCUCUGGCAUUGGAUGGGCAAGUGUUAUCAUCGUUCAGUUUUUAAACAUAUAUUACAUCGUCAUCCUCGGGUGGGCUCUGUUUUACAUGUUCGCGUCUUUCCAAUCCAAGCUUCCUUGGUCUCGCUGUGGCAAUGAAUGGAACACACCGAAUUGUGUUGACUAUAUCACAUCUGAAAAAGGCUCCAGUAUAGCCAAUACUACAGUCAUACCAACCGUAAUGGCGAACAUGUCGAACAUGUCAACAGUGCCAACUGCAGUGGCAAAGGCAGCUAAAGUGUCUGCGAGUGAGGAGUAUUUUGAACAUAGAGUUUUAAAGCUGAGCACUGCUUUGGAUGAACCCGGCAUAGUAAACUGGGAUGUAGCUUUGUGUCUCUUGUUGGCUUGGAUUAUCUGUUACCUCUGUGUUUUCAAAGGUGUCAAAUCCACAGGAAAGGUGAGGGAGCUGUCCAGGACUUGCAUUCAUCGCUUACCCAGAAGCCGUUGCUCAGAUGCCUUUGGCCCCUCUAUGGUCGGUGCUGUUUUUCUUUAUGGUCUUCUUGCUGGGACUCGACAGCGAGGUAUUAGAUUUGUGGGCAUUGAGGGAUUUGUAACAGCCAUUGUGGACCUGUUCCCCAGACACUUAAGGCGUGGUUAUCGUAAAGAGAUGUUCAUCGCAUUUAUGUGCUGUAUCUGGUUUCUCAUUGGUUUGUCCAUGGUUACUAAGGGUGGGAUGUACGUCUUUCAACUAUUUGACAAUUACUCGGCCAGUGGCUCUGCUCUUUUGUGGAUCGCCUUGUUUCAAAGUAUUGCCAUUGGUUGGAUCUACGGUCCAGGACUUGCAUUCAUCGCUUAUCCAGAGGCCGUUGCUCAGAUGCCUUUGGCCCCUCUAUGGUCGGUUCUGUUUUUCUUUAUGGUCUUCUUGCUGGGACUCGACAGCGAGUUUGUAGGCAUUGAGGGAUUUGUAACAGCCAUUGUGGACCUGUUCCCCAGACACUUAAGGCGUGGUUAUCGUAAAGAGAUGUUCAUCGCAUUUAUGUGCUGUAUCUGGUUUCUCAUUGGUCUGUCCAUGGUUACUAAGGGUGGAAUGUACGUCUUUCAACUAUUUGACAAUUACUCGGCCAGUGGCUCUGCUCUUUUGUGGAUCGCCUUGUUCCAAAGUAUUGCCAUUGGUUGGAUCUACGGUGGUGAACGUUUCUAUGACGAUAUGGAGAAUAUGAUUGGAUUUCGAAUUAACCCGUGGCUCAGGUGGUGCUGGAUGAUAUUCACACCUAUUUUCUGUUUGGGUGUCUUCAUUUUCAGUCUAGUGACGUACUCGCCUCUAGAAUACAACGGUUACAAGUACCCUGACUGGGGAGAAACCAUAGGCUGGAUCAUGGCUUUGUCUUCAAUCGUGUGCAUUCCAAUUGUGAUGAUAUACAAGUUGGCCACAACACCAGGCUCUCUAAGAGAACGUUGGGAUACCCUGACCACGCCCAGUCUAAAGAAUCAGUCUCCAGAGGCCAAAAGGCACGACUUCUCUCAGGCGUCUUACAAACUCCAAACCACGGCAUCGCUUUGAGGGCAUAUACGUAUGAUUUGGUUUUCCUCAGCUAUAGUGUUUAUUGGGACUUUUCACAAACCCUGUACCUGUUUAUUUUAAUCAUUGUAGGAACCGUCAGGCAACGGUCAUCCUUUUGGAAUAUAUUUACAUACAAAUCCUCAAUUGUAUCAAAUAUUCGUAUUAAUUUGUUCAAACAAUAAUGGUGUUAACGGAAUAUUUUUCAUGUUACCUUUAUUACUUCCAUUACUUACAUGAAUAUAAUGAUAUGAAUAUUGUCAUUAAAUUUCAAAAUUGAAAGA